UCCCCACUGAGGUUACAGUCUGUUUGUCAGAUUUAUUUUUAGUGGUAUUUAGCGAUCCUGAUACCUGUGGGGGGGGAAAAGGAGUGUCAUAAUGCAUUUAAGAAUCACAUAAAAACCUAUCAGGUUUUUCUAACGUCACACAGACAGUGUUGCAGUAGUCGGUGGAGAAGUCACAACCUCUACAGCGUUAAAUAACUUACACACGUGCCAGAGGCACUCGGGCGCUUGUUUUUGCAGGUUACCAUGCUUAAGGAAUGCGUUUCUUUGCGAGAUAUCCAGUGUAAAUAUUACUUCAACGUAAGUUAAAAAAAACAGUUUCAUUCAAGUAUCGUACACGAGAAGUUAAUUCAAGGAUGAUUUGAAAAACACACAGAAGUGACUCACCAAACUGUUAUUUAUGUGAAAUAUGAUCCCCAAUUGAUGCGAGAGCAUCAGAAACCUUUCAAAACAGCUGAAAUCGUGCUUUUCAUAAUCUCGAGAUUGAACUCUGUCCGCACUUCUCUCCGCUUUGGGUCUCCGGGUUACACAGGAAGGGUUAAUCACUAACACACACUGGCCAGUUAGAGCACAGCUCUACACAUUUCUUCCAGCAGAGGGGGGAGGACACACAGUCGCAACCAUGAGGGGAAAAAAAAACUUGAGACAAAAAGUCAUCAAGGUUGCCUUUAGGUGUUAACUGAGAUCCAGAAUACGGUUGUUUGCUCGCCCAAAAGACAGAGAAAAAGAACUAGGAGUCAAACAUUCGUUAAACACACUUUCAUUGAGUUAUAUUUCCAAAUUGUGAACAGCAGCUACUCUGCACUCGUGGCUUCGACCGGGCCGAUUUGUGGCAGUGUGGGCGCUGCGCUGUGCUGUACCCAGAUUUGUUCAGAUUAACACGACCUGGCCUCACAAUGCAGCUUUGUUGCUGAAACAGAUUAACACGUCAAAUGACCGGAGCUGUAGGAGUCCUUUGCUCCCCUUUUCUUUCCGGCUUCAUUCCACCAAACGCUGCUGAUCUCACUGAUGGAAGGAGGUGUUCAUUUGGUGUGAUCUGUGCUCAAAUUGGCCUCAUGAGAUCAUGGUUGAUUGCUGACCUUGAGCUCGGUCGAGGCCCAUAACGAACACCGGCACGCUGGUUUCCUUCAUGUCCCGACGCAGUCCACCAGCCAGGCGGCCAGCGAGCAGCGAUGACCGUGACGUACUCCCGCAGGGUUGCCGACGCGGGUCUGGGGACCUUCUUUCACCUGCUGCUGCGCUGGAAGGGCAGCAUUUAUAAACUGCUGUACAGAGAGCUCAUCAUCUUCACUCUCCUCUACUACUUCUUCAGUAUUGUUUAUAGGUUUGUGAUGAACAAUGACCAGAAAAGGCUGUUUGAGAAGCUGUCGAUAUACUGUGACCGCUACGCAGAACUCAUCCCGGUGUCUUUCGUGCUGGGUUUCUAUGUCACCUUGGUCGUGUCCCGCUGGUGGGGCCAGUUUGAGAACGUCCCCUGGCCCGACCGCUUAGCAGCGCUAGUGGGCGGCCACGUUCGGGGAGCCGACGAGGCCUCCAAGCUGACCCGACGGACCCUGAUGCGAUACGCCAACCUCUCUGGUGUGCUCAUCUACCGCUCCGUCAGCACGGCCGUCUACAAGAGGUUUCCCACCAUGGAGCACGUGGUGCAGGCAGGUUUGAUGACGUCGGACGAGCUGAGGCACCUGGAGGACCUGCGCUCUCCUCACAACAAGUUCUGGGUUCCCUGCAUGUGGUUCGUCAGCCUGGCGCUGAGGGCUCGGACUGAGGGUCGCAUCAACAACGACGUGGCUCUCACAGCCAUUCUCACUGAGCUGAACAGCUUACGGGCAAAGUGUAUGAAGCUGUACGGUUACGACUGGAUCAGCCUGCCUCUCGUCUACACCCAGGUGGCGACGGUGGCGGUCUACAGCUUCUUCCUGGCCUGCCUGAUUGGCCGCCAGUUCUUGGAUCCGGCUCAAGGUUACUCGGGUCACGAUCUGGACUUCUACCUGCCCGUUUUCACGCUGCUGCAGUUUUUCUUCUACGUUGGUUGGCUGAAGGUUGCUGAGCAACUCAUAAACCCUUUCGGUGAAGACGACGACGACUUUGAAACCAACUGGCUGGUCGAUCGCAAUUUACAGGUGUCCAUGUUGUCUGUGGACGAGAUGUACGACAGCCUGCCGCUGGUGGAGAGGGAUGCGUACUGGAACGAGUGUGAACCUCAGCCUCCUUACACCGCCGCCAGCGCUGAACACCGCAAACCCUCCUUCAUGGGCUCGGCCCUGGACAUCAGUGUUCCCAAGGAGGAGAUGGAGUUUCAGUCCAAUCUGGAGCAAAUUAAAGAGCACGAGGAAGCAAACUACUCCACCCCGCUGCUCGGAGGGCUGGGUCGGCUCCUUGGUGUCCAGUCCCCGAACUUCCCCCGCUCCUCCCGGGUGCCUCUGCUACGCCGCCGCCCGGGAGCUCCGCUCAGCCGCUUCCCUCUCUACCUGCACCCGGAGGGCCCGUUGACUCCGGGUCAAAGCCGCCAGCCCCCGAGCCACGAGCGAGAUGCCGACUACGCCUUCUCCAGCGUGCCCCUAUACGAGAGACCCGGCUGCUACAGCUGCCCGCAGACGCCCAUCCACUGCGGGCCCCCCGCGGUGCCCCGCCCUCGCCCCGCCCGGCGGACCCAGAACGACUGGGGCCGCAGCUGCAGCUCGCUGGCUCCUCAGACGCAGCCGCUGCCUCCCGACACCCCCGGACACGUGCCCCCGCCGCCCUCCUCCGCUUUCCCCUGGCUAAGCGAGGACGGCGAGGUCCCGAGCGCCCCUAUGUUCUCGUUCCCGGACCCUCCACCUGUGCUCUGCCCGAUAUCUAAACUGAGACCCGGGCACGGCCUGCUGUCUCGCCGCCCUCCACUCCGGCUCAUUGUGGACACCCUCCCCUCAGCGGAAGGACAGCCGGGCCCCCCGAGCGCUCGGGCCGUGGGAGGCGGGGGAGAGAGGGUGUUCUCGUUCACCCCCCCGUCCCGCAAAGCAGCGCCGAAUCCCAGCGACCCCAACAGCAGCUCUGGCAGCAUUAACGCAACGGGCGGCGCCGCGGGCACGGCGGCAAGCCUCUGCAACGGUACGAGUCACGUGAGUUUUAGUAACCAUGGCAACUUCAGCACCAACGUGAGAUCAAGCAACGGGGGCACAAACGGUGGGCCGAGCAGCAGCAGCAGCAACAACAACAACAAUGCAAACACCGUGCCCACGUCAGCAGCGUCACCGCGGCAAGGAACCAGCCAGCAACACUCACCAAACGAUUCGGGGAUCUCAUUGGCUGAGGGGGACCUGCUGGGCGUGUUGGUGGAAGGGGGCGGGAACAAGGCGGCAGGAGGGAAGGAGCAGGGCUGAGGCGAUAAGGUGCGACGGACUGCUGUUGUAUACAAGUGGCAUUCGAAAUAUUUCACACGCACUAACUGGCGUUACAUCGGAACUGCAUUAGUACUUUUUGCAAAUACAGUAGUUAAUCUUUACUUUGUGUUAAGCUCCUAAAGAACAAAUAACCUACGUUUAAAAGCAUUGGAGAUUUAACUUUCAAUUGUGAAGGAAAAAUAAGAAACAAUGACCCAAAGCCAAAAAGAGUAUAUUCCAGUCUUUUCACUAUUAUUAUUCCAUCAGUGUUAGAUCUAAGAAAACCUAUGUAACAUGUACUACGUUUUUUUUCCGCAAUAAAAUAUCUAAUC